CUGAAGCUGACAUCCACACGUAGUUGUCAGGCCUGUGAGGCUCGGUGCCCGACACUACUGCUAAGAACCUUGGGACUGUGUCGCAGCAAUCCGCAGGCAUCGCUGCCGACACCUCCUGCUCGCUAUAUACACUUGUCUAGCCUUACAACCGCUUGACCCUUUGUGGUACCUACAGCGCGGGUCGCGGACAUCACCUCGUAGAGUUUGAACAGGAAGGCAGUCAAACAUGCUUGCUGCAGCGACAUCCUUCUUUGCUCGCACGAACAUCUCGCAGUCGUAUAACAUCGGCGGACCCUCUCUAAAUGGAAGCCGGUCGUCGACUCCAGGUCCGUCCGGCCCCUCGACGUCUGCUUUGCCCACUGCGGCUGCACAUGCGCCUCCGUUCAAUGUCGGCCCAUGGCGGGUGCAAUCUGCGACCCACAAGACUACAGGAAAGCGCGUUUCUGUCUGGAGUGCGGACAAGCGGAGUCAGGAGAUGGACCGGAUGGGUCCUGCAUCGAGAGAACGGACGAUUGAGGUGCUGAAAGCGGAGGCGUCUGCUCUUUCCCGACUGCGGCACCCAUGUAUUCUCGAGAUGGUCGAGCCGCUGGAAGAGACCCGGAACGAACUCAUCUUCGCGACCGAGCCAGUGAUUUCGUCUCUUCACCUAUCGAUACCAGGCUCUUUCCAGUAUACCCCUCUUGUUGAAUUGGAUGAAAUCGAGAUCCAGAAGGGUAUACUGCAAGUCUGCAAGGGUCUCUCGUUCCUGCAUACCUCUGCUCGUACCAUUCACACGAACCUAACUCCGGAGAUUGUCCUCAUUAACAGCGCUGGAGACUGGAAGAUAUCUGGCCUCGGGCUGACGAUCGCACUAUCCGCUCCAGGUGGCGGUUCCACACGUUGGGAGUUCCCGACCUUUGACGGACGGGUGUCUCCUUAUACGCAGCGCUCAUUCGACUACAUGGCACCUGAAUACGCCUUGGACGAGGUCCUGGACCCUGCGUCGGACAUGUACUCGCUAGGCUGCUUGAUGUAUGCGGUGCACUGCAAGGGUAACCCGCCCUUCAAGAAUCACGGCAGUAUCAGUUCUCUCCGCGAAAACGCUGGCAAGCCCUUGACUGGCAUGGAGCGCCUAGACCCUGACUUGCGAACAUUACUUGGUGCGCUCAUCGGACGACAUCCACAAAACAGACCAUCACCCGGGUCCCUCCCUACCCACGCAUUCUUUUCCUCAUUGCCCAUCUCGACGCUCAACUUCCUCGACCGGUCGAACUUCGCGGCAAAGACACGGGAAGAGAAGAUAUCCUUCAUGAAGGGUCUCAUGGGUGUCCUCGAUAAGUUCUCUGAAGGUCUUCGAAUACGCAAGAUCCUGCCAUCACUACUCGAGGAGAUGAAAGACACACAGCUGCUACCGUAUAUAUUGCCUAAUAUAUUCGCCAUCUCCCAGAUCCUAUCAUCAAGCCAGUUCGCCACGCUCGUGCUUCCGGGCCUGAAACCACUAUUCGUACUGAAGGAGCCUCCUGCAAACAUGCUGACGUUGCUGGACAAUCUCCAAAUGCUUCAAGAGAAGACGGAGAAACCCGUCUUUCGCGAGCACGUCUUGCCGCUUGUCUAUAACGCACUUGACUCCGAGCACGCUGUUGUGCAAGAACGUGCACUGAGAUGCGUGCCGGACUUGUGCGAUUCUAUAGACUAUGCAGAAGUUCAAGGGGUCCUCUUCCCUCGUGUCGCUCUCGUCUUCACCAAGACUCGGAUCCUAUCCGUCAAAGUCGCUACGUUGCACACAUUCCUUGCGAUGGUCAAGACACUGGACCAGACGAGCCUAACGCAAAAGCUAGUCCCCCUUCUGUCGAAGAUCAGGACAAAGGAACCUGCCGUCACCAUGGCAACGUUGGCCGUGCAAGAGGCUACGGGCAUGAAAGUUGACCGCGAGGCCGUUGCCACAUUAGUACUACCACAACUAUGGGCUAUGUCCAUGGGUCCUCUCCUGACGGUCUCACAGUUCAAGCGGUUCAUGGAAGUUAUCCGCAAGCUCGGCGACCGCGUCGAACGAGAACACGACCAGUAUCUGCGCGACUCUCAACGCAUCGAGGACAAGUCCUCUGCAGCUGCCAAUGGCACGAGUGCACCGUCGUUGGGCGGUUCGGUCGAUUUCGAAAGCCUCGUGAGCAAUGGAACUGCUUUAAGCAAUGGCUCUGUGGCAACUGUCAAGGCCGAUACCUUCAUUGACUCGUCCAAGAAUUGGGAGGAUGAUGUCUGGGGAAGUAUCUUCACUGAGAACCCGGCGACCCCAGACAUACAGAGUCCCGGUUUCUCGCCUACUAUGUCGCCACCACCGGCUGCAACGCAGCCAUCGCAGCCUUCACAAGCUCAAUCUCUACCUUCUUCUCCGAGACCGUCGACGACGCGCAUAAACUCCGCAAGGGGCACCCUCAACAGGCAGAGCCGUGGUCUUGGCGCGAAACCAAUAUCCUCUUCUGCCUUCAACGCUACACCGUUCGAUUCGUCACCUAUGUCGGCCCCAGCACAACAUAGGACAUCUCUAUCAGGAUCUGCACCUAUGCAACCCACAGCACUGUCGUUCACGCCUAGUCAGGUGUCCGCCCCGAACUACAACAUCUCUCUUACCGCGACGCCGCCGCUGACGUCUAUGUCGACCCUGCCUCUGACCUCGAUGGGCGCACCGCCCAUGACAAUGUCGACACCUCCCCUAUUCGCGUCACCCCCGAGCAUGAGCGCCCCGCUUGUACCAUCACGACCUGCGCAACCGUCUUGGUCAAGCAAUGGCACGCAGAAACAACUCACGAAGGACGACUGGGGAGACUUCGAUCCAUUAGCCUAG